UUUUAUAACUUCGUAUCUACAUGAUAACGUCGUUUCACGCUCGUUUUUAUUUCUCCGACUCCAUCGGCGACGUCGUUACCACAGUAGGCUCUAACACUGCAUGUAUGACCGCGAGCGAAACAAUUUAACAUGCUUACGCCUCUAUUAUAGAUUUAAUAUACUAGAUAGAGUCUACACUAUCUAUAGAUACAUACUACGGAAGAAACAACGUCAUUGUAAAGCAGAAUAUCAUCACCGUCAUCAUGCACGUGCUAGUGAGGAUGAUGAGUACCGGCAAGUCGAUUGUAAUACCCACUUCAAGAACGACAGGGAUCAGUGACUUGAAGAUUUUCGUCGAAAAGUGGUUUGACGUCAAACCAGAAAAUCAACGACUUUACUUUUCUGGCAAACAGCUUGAAAACCAGUACAACCUCUUUGAUUAUAGUAUUAAUAUAAAYGACGUUAUACAAUUAACAGUCGUGGMAUCUGUUACUGAAGCUAAGAUUAUAAAAAACUCAAUAUUAAAGGUUCCUAAGGAUUUAAAAGAUAAAACAUCUAUUCUGAUUUGUUCAUCAGACAUUAAUUCUACAAUAGAAGAAAACAAUUUAGAGAACAUAUCGGAGGAAAGUAAGUAUUUUAAGUUAGGCGAUUAUGUUGAUGUACGAGAUGAUGAAUAUGGUGUGUGGUAUAUGGGCAAAAUAGUAAAGAUAAAAAAAGAUGAUUCUCUAGAAAUUGAACCAACUUCCUCUGAUAGCCUAGAGGAACAUGAUGGACUGAUUUAUCAUGUAGAGGAUGCAGGAGCCUCUGACAACCCACCUACUAAAGCUAAACUGAAAGAUAUAAGACCAUAUUCUACUGAUAAUUUGCCAUUUGAUCAAUUGAAAAUCAAUGAUAAAGUUCUUAUGAAUUUUAAUACUGAUUAUCCUAAAGAACGUGGUUAUUGGUACGAUGUACUAGUAAAAAAAAAAACAGUUAAUAGACGAAAUCCUGAAGUCUUAGGCGAUGUUACUAUUGGAUCGAAUAAAGCAGUAUUGAUUAAUUGUCGUUUGAUGUUCCUUGAUGAUAUCUUAAAAAUAAAACCAUACAAGUUAGUUACAGAGAGGACUAAAGAAGAAGAUACAAUCAUGCAAACAAUACCUUCUAUAGAAAGAGCUAAAGCCUUAAGUUGUAUUAAAUGCAAAGAUAACAUUAAUAAAUCAUGUGUACAUUGUGGGUGUAGUAUUUGUGGUGGCAAGGAGGAUGAGAAUAAACAGUUAUUGUGUGAUGAAUGUGAUGAAAGUUUUCAUAUGGCCUGCCUUACACCACCAUUAACAGAGAUUCCAGAAGCUGAUGAUUGGUAUUGUCCAACAUGCAAAAAUGAUGAAAACGAAAUUGUGAAAGCUGGUGGAAAAUUAAAAGUCUCAAAAAAAAAGCCAUUAGCAUCUACAUCAAAACACGAUUGGGGAAAAGGAAUGGCAUGUGUUGGUAGAACAAAGAAAUGUAAUAUUGUUCCGCCAAACCAUUUUGGUCCAAUUCCAGGUAUUGAUGUUGGCACUUCAUGGUUGUUCCGCGUUCAAGUAUCAGAAAGUGGUAUUCACCGUCCACCUGUUGGAGGAAUACAUGGUCGUGACAAUCAAGGUGCAUUUAGUAUUGUAUUAAGUGGUGGUUAUGAAGAUGAUAUUGAUAAUGGAGAUGAGUUYAUGUAUACUGGUUCUGGUGGGAGAGAUCUAUCUGGAAACAAACGCACUGCUCUGCAAAGUUGUGACCAAGAAUUAACACGCUACAACAGGGCUUUAGCUCUCAACUGUAAUGCUGAUAUCAAUAAUAAAAGAGGAGCAACAGCUGUAGAUUGGAAAAAAGGCAAACCAGUUAGAGUUGUACGGAAUUAUAAACUUCAUAAGCAUUCUAAAUAUGCACCAGAAGUGGGCAAUCGCUAUGAUGGUCUUUACAAAGUUAUGAAGUAUUAUCCAGAAAAUGGAAUAUCUGGGUUUGUUAUAUGGCGUUUUGUAUUGAAACGAGAUGAUCCUACACCAGCUCCUUGGACAGCAUUGGGCAAAACACAUAUAGCACAACUAGGCCUUGAAAUAAUUUAUCCUGAAAAUUAUUUACCUUCUACUGGGCUUGAUAAUACAAAAUCAGAUUUAAGCGGGUCUAAAAGAAAAAGAACACUACAAGACUCUGACAUUGAAAACAAUGAUUCAAAUGAAAAUUUUCCAAAAAGAAAUGUUGAAAAGAAAGCAAAACUGCAUUAUAAACUGGAAAAUGAAGCAGAAAUAUUUAUCACAGCUGAUGCUGCCAAUAAAAUAUAUUGGGAUGAUUGUAAAGAGUUAUUAAAAGAUGGAAAAAAAGCGUUUUUAGAUAGAGUUGAAGUAACUUUUAUGUGCAUAUGUUGUCAAGAUAUUGUUUUUGAACCAAUCACAUUAGAAUGUGCUCACAACAUUUGUAAAGGAUGUUUAAAAAGAUCAUUUGGUUCUGACGUAUACCAAUGCCCAUCAUGUAGAGCUGAAUUGGGAAAAACUUACCCUAUGAAUAUUAAUACUACAUUGGCUGAAACUCUUUUGUAUUUYUUCCCAAGAUAUAAUGCAGGACGUUAAUGAUAUAUUAACUACUUUUACAAACAAUAUUUAUAACAAAAGAUUUCUUAAUUUAUUGUCCU